AUACCACCAGGUUCAAUUUACACCAACAUUUUAUUAGGUCAUUUACUUACUUAGUCUGUCUUAUAAUUGGAUUGAACCUGUGAAUAUACAGUUUUCAGUACGGAAUGGCAGGUUUUCCUGUGCUACGUGCACUCAGUGUUGUUUUAUUUGCUUAUGUAUUCGUUACUCUUUUUCUGGGUAGUCGAGCUCAGAAUUGGCUUCAGGAUGUCUUCCACCAUAAUGACAGAGUCUUUAAUCAACUCGAGGAAGAUCAUACACGUCGAUUGGGUGCACAGGAACUGAAGUUUCCUACGGUCUAUGCUUUAGGUGACAUUCAUGGAGAUUUUAACAACGCUAUUGAAGUCCUUUCAUUUGCAGGUCUUGUUUCUGAUGAUGAAGAAAGACACUGGACUGGUGGUAACUCUAUCUUAGUUCAAACGGGUGAUAUCGUCGAUCGGGGUCCUGACACGCGUAAAAUUUUUGCCUGGAUGAACACGUUGGCAGCCGAGGCUGAACAGGUGGGCGGUGCUGUUAUUCGUUUGCUGGGAAACCAUGAGUUUAUGAAUGCCCGUGGGGAUUGGCGGUAUGUUCACCCCGGUGACAUUGAGUCCUAUCCAGAGCCAUCUAUUCAGCAUCGUACAAAGGACUGGCAGGCUCACGGCGAAAUUGGUUCGUUGCUUCUGUCGUCCUACAACAUCACGUAUUUCGAAAAACAAACUCGAUCCCACUUUAUGCAUGCAGGUCUUUCGAGACAUUGGGCCAAACAUGAGAGUGAAAUCAACGACCUUGGAAAUCGUUUACUUGAGCUGUUCAUGGCUCGUGAAUCCAUUCCCAACAAAUAUAUGACCUUCUGGCAAUCUGAUGGUCCCAUGUGGUACAGAGGACAUGCCAAUCUUCCUGAUGAGGCGGCAUGCAAGAAUGUUAAGGAGAUUCUCCGUAUUAUUGAUGCAGACCGUGUUAUCAUGGGACAUACUCCCCAGCUCCCCGGCAUUCGUCAGCGUUGUGAUGGCAAGAUCAUUCUCAUCGACACUGGUCUUUCGUCGGCGUACAGUGGAGCAAAAGCCAUUCUUCGACUUGAGCAAGAUGAAGAGUACGUGGUUGCUAGUGCUGUAUAUGCUGAUCGUGCUGAACUGCUCUCCAAAACCAAGAAGGGGCAACUGUAGUGUUGACCACGGCAAAAUAAUGCAAUCAGAUUGGUAAGGUGUACCACUCUUAAUUGUCAUUAUAUUUAGUGAUCAUUUACGUUUCUCUCAUCUGCAUUGGUUAUGUUUCAUUACGCCUGUAUACGGGACUGUCUUCAAUGGCAGUGAAAUCAAAAAUACAUUUUCAAUAAUUCACAAAUACCAUUCAAUACCCUUCCUUCACUCAUAAAACUUAUUCCACUAGUGUCUAAUCAUAAAUACAGCUCGCUCCCAUAUAACAUUGCUGAUACAUUCUACUCGACUAGCUUCACUCUACUAAUAAGACCUACCGUUACCACC